UCAGAUCCCAAAGGCUUUUGGAGUGAAAUCGCGAAUAACUUCUAUUGGAAGCGAUGGACACAAGAAGUAGAGGUCGUGUCCUAUAAUUUCGAUGUCACUAAAGGACCCGUUUGUGUGAAAUGGUUGGACGGAUGCACAACCAAUAUGUGUUAUAAUGUAUUGGAUUUGGUAAUUGAAAAAGGGCUCGGAAAUCGUGUCGCCUAUUAUUGGGAACCGAAUGAUGUUACUUACGAUGAAUUACUGCGCGAUGUCUGCAGAUUUGCAAAUGUGCUCAAAGGGUUGGGCAUCAAAAGGAGUGAUAGAGUGGCCAUAUAUAUGUCGGUAACCGUAGAGUUGGUCACUGUUAUGCUGGCCUGCGCUCGCAUUGGAGCCAUUCACUCAGUCAUUUUCGCCGGUUUCUCUGCCGAAUCCCUCGCCGAACGUAUAAUAGAUGCCAAUUGUGUUGUAUUAGUCACUUCUGAUGGUGCCUUUCGGGCCAAUAAAUUUAUACCAUUGAAAUCAAUCGCCGACUCAGCACUCAAUAUAUGCAAACAAAUGAAUCACAAAGUGAUGGCUUGUAUUGUGAAUCCACACUUAAAUCUCAAUAGAAAUAAUAUUAAUAUUAAUGAUGUUUUAAACAAUAAUAUUGAGAAUAAAUGUGGCAUCAAUUGGAACCCAAAUGUGGACAUCCUAUGGACUGAUGUCAUGACAAAUGUUUGCGAUUAUUGCGAACCCGANAUUAUAAUCAGUUUAUCGUCUUUAAGUCUCGCUUUGAAAUUCUUAAUUGCAUUCUCGGACCUGAUUUCAAAUGGAAUAGAAUUCUCCUACACUUUCGGCCGCAUAUAUAACGAUACAACGGGUAGUCAACAGUUCCUGGAGUACAGACUCGUCGGCCAUUGUGGACGUGUCGCCAAAUUUGUGGUCAUUUUGGGCCACUUUAGUCAAUAUCCUUCGCAUAAUUUUACCCGAUUUAGUCUUCGGGAGAGCACUGAUCGCAUAAAUCACGUCCGGAACGGCCAGAGCUCCGAUUUUGUUACGAACUUU